CACCUGAGUAUUAUGUUAUAUGUGCAGUUAUUUGACGUCCUCAGCGAUAUUUUAACUGGCUGUUGCAAAAAAUACGCCGUUUGCUGGAUUAUACUCGUGGUGGCGCUGGUCGGUAUUACCUUAGGCCUAGUCUUCGGUCUACGCGGACACACGGAAGAGCCCCGUCGGUAUGGGGCCGUCGCCUCCAAUGGCGUCGGCUGUGCCGAAGUGGGUGGCAACAUUCUGGAUAUUGGCGGAUCAGCGGCCGACGCUGCCAUUGCAACCAUGCUGUGCGAGGGCGUCAUGUUGCCGCACAGUCUGGGCGUUGGCGGUGGCUUUGUGGCGACCAUUUACUCCAAGGAGACGGGGUUCAUUGAGACGCUAAUAGCACGCGAAACGGCACCAGCAGCGGCCACCCAAGACAUGUUCGUGAACAAGAACAUCACCGGUGCCCUAUCAUGUGCGGUGCCCAGCGAAAUCUACGGCUAUUGGCGUCUGCAUGACAAGUACGGCAAGUUGCCGUGGCGCGAUCUCUUCCAGCCCACGAUCAAUUUGUGCCGCAAUGGCAUAGAGGUAUCUCGUUAUUUGGCCAAUGUUCUGGAUACCCAUGGGGAUCACAUACGCCAAGAGCCUUCGAUGGCCGAGAUAUUCGUUAACCCCAAAACCGAUGAACUCUACAAGGAAGGUGAAAUCAUGUACCGUCAUAUGUUGGCCGAAACACUGGAGAUAGUAGCCAAUGAGGGCCCAGAGGUCAUUUACAGAGGUGGACGUGUUGGACGCAAGCUGGUUCAGGACAUUCAGGCCAUGGGUGGCAUUGUGACGGAGCAGGAUUUACAGAAUUACGAAGUGCGUUGGGAAGAUCCGUUACGGGCUCGUUUUACUGGAGGGUAUGAGCUUUACACUUCCCCACUGCCCACCAGUGGUGCUGUCCUGACUUUCAUGCUGAAUGUCAUGGAACCGCUGUACACCACAAAUACGGACAAGUACUGGCAGCGUCUCAUUGAAACGUUCAAGCACGCGUAUGGGCAUCGAACCAAUCUGGGAGACAUUCAUUUCGAGCCCGAAGUGCGCGAGGUCUAUGAGAAACUGAUUGAUCCAGAAUUUGCAACUGAGAUUCGUGAACUGAUCGUUGAUGAUCGCACGUUUACGGAUAUCGCUUACUAUGGAGCGAACUUCAGUAAUGUGGAGGAUCAUGGUACGGCGCAUAUUUCAGUGCUGUCACCCAAUGGCGAUGCUAUUUCAGUGACCAGCACCAUCAACAGUCAUCUGGGUGCCAAGGUGCGCUCCCGUCAGACAGGCUUCAUAUUAAACGACGAGAUGGAUGACUUCUCGACGCCAGGUGUGGUCAACACUUACGGCAUCCCGGCUAGUCCAGCAAAUUAUAUCAAGCCCGGCAAGCGUCCACUCUCGUCUACUUGUCCCAGCAUUGUGCUCGAUCCGGAGGGCAAUGUCAAGCUCUUGGUGGGCGGUGCGGGUGGCUCCAAGAUUACAACAUCGGUGGCACAGACGAUUCUGCGCUACUUUGUGCUUCACGAGCCACUCGAGCGUGCGGUUAAUGCGGGUCGUAUACAUCAUCAGCUGAUGCCGAUGCUGGUCGAUGUGGAGCCAGAGGUGCCGAGACACACGGCCGCCUAUUUGAGACGUAUUGGGCAUGAGCUCAACUAUUUGCCCGGGGACAAGGCCUUCUCAGCACUAACGGCCAUUGGUCUAAUGGACACGGAGCCGCAUCCUGUUUGCGAUCGGCGCCGUGUGGGAAGCGCCGUAGUCGUGGAGCCCGAACGAAUCUAGAUGAUUUACAGGCCCAGAAAACAGAAAUGCUCACUGAAGAGAGGUUGUUUCUUUAAAUACAUUUUAUUCACAAACUUCUAUAUAUUCACACAUCUUUUAUAUCAAAUAUAUAAAAAGUUUUA